UGUAACCAAAAGGCAAAAUACGUAGGCUCUCCCAUUUCAGAGAGUUAAUGGGUCUCUCAGAUACCAUGAUGAUGAAAGCAGUAUAAAUAACCUGAAUAGAACAGAACAGAGGAAAGACAGAAGGGCACCAUUGGUGUGUGGCAUGGAAUACCCCAGUAGGAAGGAAAUGAGUACGAGCAGUUGUGUUGAGAGGAACCUCCAUGCACAGAAUCUCAAUGGCAACUGCAGAAUCAAGGAGGAAGGAAUAGAGAUGAUUACUGAAAAGCAAAACAAUAAUAGACGUUCCUGGAACAAUACCGCUGAAAAGAGUGAUUUUGAAGCCGUAGAAGCCCUUAUGUCCAUGAGCUGCAACUGGAAAUCAGACUUCAAAAAAUAUGCCGAACUGAGACCUAUAACACCAGCAUCUGAUAUGUCAGAAGAAACUGAUGAUAACCUGCUACCUGGUGCAGCUGACUUUCAUGCAAUACCAGCAUUUUGCUUGACUCCACCCUACAGCCCUUCUGAUUUUGAGAUGUCUCAAGUAAUUCAUCUGCCAGCAGCAGCAGCGCCAUCUGCUGUACAAUGUAGAUUACUGUCUGAUAUUUCAAAGCCUAUUUCUUCAGCAACUUUUAAAGAGACUGAAAUGUCUCCAGCACCAAGACCAAUGAAAGCUCAAGCAACAAGUGUUAUUCGCCAUACAGCUGAUGCUCAGCUUUGUAAUCAAAGAACGUGUCCAGUGAGAGCAACUAGUGUGUUGAAGUAUCAGAACAAUACUUCAAGGGAAAUAAAUAUACAGAAUAAUGGAACUGCAAAACAAAAUCCACCUUGUGCAAUUGUGUCACCAAACAGAGCAACUUACAAAAGUGACAAACUUCCAGUUUUAGAAGAAAAAACAAGUACAGCACUAGCUGUCAGUCCAUUGUCCCUGAUCCAGACUUCAACCAGUAGACCUCAGCCUGUUCCUGGAUCAGUACAGCAGUCACCGAUGAUAACAUCUUCACCUGCUGGGCAAGCGAGUGGUGUCUCAUCUGUCCCAGUAAUUUGCCAGAUGGUUCCUCUGUCUACUGACAACUCUGUUGUGACAGCAAUAGUGCCCAGCACUCCUUCUAGCCAACAAUCAACCCUUUGCCAGCCUAUGAUGUUCAUGAGAACUCAAGUUCCUAAAGGUGCCGUUAUGUUUGUUGUGCCCCAGCCGGUUGUGCAGAACACAAAGGCUCCAAUCAUUAGUCCAAAUGGUACUAGACUCUCUCCUAUUGCUCCUGCUCCAGGUUUUACACCUUCUGCAGCAAAAAUCACUCCACCAAUUGACUCAUCAAGAAUAAGAAGCCACAUUUGCAACUAUCCAGGAUGUGGAAAGACUUAUUUCAAGAGCUCUCAUUUGAAGGCCCAUGUGAGAACACACACGGGAGAAAAGCCUUUUAGCUGUAGUUGGAAAGGCUGUGACAGGAGAUUUGCACGAUCUGAUGAACUGUCUCGGCAUCGCAGAACGCAUACUGGUGAGAAGAAGUUUGCUUGCCCGAUGUGUGAUCGGCGGUUCAUGAGGAGUGACCAUUUAACAAAGCAUGCACGGCGGCAUUUGUCAGCUAAGAAGCUACCAAACUGGCAAAUGGAAGUGAGCAAGCUAAAUGACAUUGUUGUGCCACCUGCAUCCACACCUGCACAGUGAAAGAACUCCUGAAAAGUUACCGAAACUAACUGUUGUCACUAUGGUAUAUCACCAGUGAUGUAUAAAAGCUUCUACUACAGGUCUGUAGUUCUUCAGUGCCAGCUGUUGAUGGCAUUACAGCAGAGAGGCAAAGGCAGUCUGUGCUUGGUCACAGAAAAUGCUACUGAGAGAACCAGUGACUAAUAAUGGAAUGUCAGGUUUCUUUUCGAUUUGGUGAAAAGAGAAAGAGGUUGAAGGUUUGAGAGCAGAGCAGCACAGGUAGCGAAGGGUUUUGAAUUUAUGCAGAUUAUAUGUAUGUACAAUAGAGUGGUCAGACAUAAGUCAUGCAGAGCUGUUGGCUGAUGUUAAUUCUUGAAACCAACUAAAAUUACAGCUUUCAAAGAUGUAAUGAGUUUUCAGUAGAGCACAGACUAGAGAGAAAUAUCAAUGUAUAGUACAGAUUUGUAGAUCAGAAAUGCAUCUGUACGAGAUAGUAUAAAACAGUUAUCCUACUGCUGUCACCUUUCCUUGUUGGAUAUUUAUACAUUUUUUUUUUUCUAUUUACAUUGGGCCCCAAUCAUGAGAGAGGGGCAUUGAGGCUCAGCACCUCUUGAUACAGUAUUUAAUGUAUCAAGUAUGUCAGUCAUGCCAGUUUUACAUUACUGUCCAAAUAUGGAAUAGAUUGAGUGCUGCCAUGUGGCUAGAGAGAGCCAAAAGUACCUAAAUCCCAUUAAUUUAUUAUAAUAUAGAAUGCUAAUACUAUUUUUGCUAUUCCUCUUGAAAGCUCAUGAUUAUUACAAUUGGUUAUAUUUAGGCAUCGUAUGAUGCUUCUGCUUUCAAGUUGCUUAUGGUUUCCUUUAUACCUUCAAAAUUCCAUACCACUGCAUUUUUCAUAAACACUGAGAUGGUAUGUUUAAAAAAAUAAAAAUGUAACCAUAAGAAUAAUAAAUUAUGUGGUUUUAUUAAGAAGGCAAGAACAAGUAUGUUAUGCUAGGCUACUUGAUGUGGAGGUCACUUUUGAAGAUGAUUUCUAUUAGAGAUAAAUGGUCUUUAUAUAAGAGGAUAUAAUCUAUACUGUAUUAAAUUAGAAAGUUAGGAGUUAUUUGUAAAGUAAAAAUAAGGCAGUAAAGACACCAGCCUUGAAUUAA